GUCCAACCCAGAGCUGGUUGUCUCUUCUGAAGACGACUCAGACAGCGACGGCGGCGUUUCGUCCUCCCAGGUGGCAGCGUGUCUCCGGGAUCGUUUCAAAGCAGUGCGCUCCUUCAUCCUGUCCGACUCCACGCUGUACAACCAGAUCCUGCAGUACCAGCCCCUGGUMCUGUCUCAGUUCCAGGCGCAGCUUAAGGCGGCGGGGAUCCGCCUGGGCGCUGCCAAGCUGAUGGACUACUUGGACUCUCAGUGCAUCACCUUCACCACGGCCAAACCGGGCCACUCUGCAGCCAGCAGAGGCUGGCGAGGCAGGAAGACAAGUAAGAGGGGACGGGCAGGAAGUGGCAGGAACAAUGCUGUGUAGGUUCAACUGCAACACGUUGUAAUGUAGAAACUUUUA